CUCUCUCUUUCUCUCUCACACAGACACUUUUCCUACAAACUCUCCUGAGUCCUGACAUUCAACCUCACUCUCCAAACUUUCUCACUCUUUUCUUUCCUCUCUCCAAACACAGAAAAUCCCUGCUUCGUAUGGCAGUUGGCUUACUUGACAGUGAGGUAGCUGACCUCUGCCUCGGAAAGCCGCCGCUGAGGCCUCUCUCCGCCUCCGCCACCAUCACCGACGCCUUGUCCGCCCUCAAAACCUCCGAGGACGGCUUCCUCAGCGUGUGGAAAUGUGACCAGUACUCUUCUGAAAACUCCGGGGAGUGCCUGUGCGUCGGAAAAGUUUGCAUGGUUGACGUUGUCUGCUACCUAUGCAAACCCGAAAACCUCACGUCUCCGUCCUCGGCCAUGGAUUCCCCUGUUUCUGCUCUGCUGUCCGAAGUUCCAGGUCGGGUCAGGCAUGUCGAACCCCAUUUGAGUCUAUUGGAAGCCAUUGAUCUCAUCCUUCAAGGUGCUCAAAAUCUUGUAGUCCCAAUUAAGAGCAAUUCAAGAAAAACACAACAGAAAUCUUCUAUUAAUCCAACGUCUCAUUACGGCCGUGAAUUCUGUUGGCUGACCCAAGAAGACAUCGUCAGAUUCCUCCUGAGCUCGAUCGGCCUUUUCUCAUCCAUCCCGGCGCUUUCCAUCAGCACGCUCGGACUCAUCAGCACCAACUUCUCGUCCGUCGGAUCCCACUCCCCUGCCUCCUUGGCAAUGGGAGUCAUUUCAGACUCCUUGGCCGAUCAAACCGCCGUCGCAGUUUUAGACGACGACGGAGUUUUGAUCGGGGAGAUAUCUCCCUUCACCCUCGCCUGUUGCGACGAGUCCAUCGCAGCCGCCUUCAUGACCCUCUCCGCAGGGGACCUGAUGGCCUUCACUUGCUGCGGUGGUCCCCCGGAGGAGAUUGUGAGGGUCGUGAAGACGAGGCUGAAGGAGAUGAAUCUGGGAGGAGUGUUGGAUGAAUUAAUCAGUGUCUCCUCUGGCAUUCCUUCCACCUCCCCAUCGUCUUCAUCAGACGAUGAUUCAUCAUCCCAAAACACGCCGUUGCCGAGUCCAGGGAGGUAUAGUAGGUCGUGCAGUUAUUCCGCGAAGGUGAUGCGGAGGGCAGAGGCUGUAGUGUGCCAUCAGGGGAGCUCUUUAGCGGCAGUGAUGGUUCAGGCAAUCGCGCACCGGGUUAACUAUGUUUGGGUCAUAGAUGAGGAUCGUAGCUUGGUUGGCAUUGUGACUUUUUCUAACAUGUUAAGAGUUAUUUAUGAACAUCUACAGUCCAUGGCCUAAAGAUUAAGGGUAUAGACCACAGUUCCAAUUCUGUUCAACAUGCAGGAGAUUGGGAAAGACUAAGGUUUGGCUGAUAUGAUAUGAUAUGAUCUGUUUUGUUUAAUUUAAAAUUUCUCCUUUUUAAUGGUAGAAAAUGAAGAAAUCAAGCAUUGACAGAUUU